UCGUAUCAAACAUAUUAAAAAACAUAAAAUGAAAACGCACUAGCCAUUAUAAAGAGUCAUACAGCAAUAACAAAAAGCUCGGUACAAUUUCAUUUCCGCAAGUGGGGUUUGGGGAAGGUAAAACCUUUAUGGGGUAGACAGGUUGUUUCCGACUGACCCUCGGCAACCCUCCUUCUUUAUCCGUACUUAGGAUCGCAAUGUGAACGAGCUCACGCGCACGGAGUUAUACUUAGAAAUUGGAAAUAAAUAAGAAGUGGAUAAAGUAAGUAAACCAAGAGAGAGCUACCUGCUAUGGUGACUUUGAAGCAAAAAGAAAGUCUUGAAGUUUGCUAAUGCCUCCCAGCUCACAUACAAAUAAAUACUCAUCAUGAAUAAAAGAGCAAAUCAUAUAUGUAUAUAGCUUUCUAUCUCUUUCAAUGGCGCCAAUCAAGCUCUAACAUGAAACCCCACCUCAUAUAUACAACUUACAACCCCCUCUUCCUCCUCCUUCACCUCAUCAUUAUGGUCAACAUUUUCACUAGUAACUUCAUUAAGGCCAAAUCCUCCAAUUCUUGAUUCCAACAUUUAGUAGUGUACGUUGUGUUAGAAUGAAGAAUAUCAUACCUGCUUGUUUUACUAUUCCUCAUAAUUCUGAGGCUUCAAAAACAACUGUAACUUCCUCUCCUCCACCUUCACAAGUCCCUCAAAAUCUUGUUACAUGUAUUUACCAAGCUCAGAUUUGUGGCUCACCUGUUUAUCUUACACUCACUUGGUCCAAGAACAUGUUUUCUCAUUCUUUGUUAGUCCAUGCACCUGAUCUUUUCUCCAUCACCAUUCCCCUCCACCAAUCAUCUUUUGCCAUAUUCAAAGCCCGGCCUGGAUGCAAAACCAUCCACCCGGUCCAGUUACACGAUCGUAAGAAGAUGAAGAUCCAUUGGGACUUCACACUUGCCAAGUUCAAUCAAAACUCAGCAGAGCCUGAGGGGUGUUUUUACAUUGCAAUUACCUGCAAUACAAGACUGGAGUUUUUUCUUGGUGAUAUGUUGACGGAAUUGACAGGCCGGACCAGGCUGGUAUCAGGCUGUUGCUCGGGAGACCUGACUUUGUUGUCAAGGCGAGAACACGUGUUUGGACGGAGGAGUUACACUACACGGGCUCGGAUUAUGGGGGUCAAACAUGAAUUUGUGAUAGAAUGUGGGGGUGGAGUGUUGAAAGUGAAAGUGGAUGGUAAAAUAAGUCUUGUAGUGAAAAGACUUGGGUGGAAAUUUAGGGGCAAUGAAAGAAUUUUAGUUGGUAAAGUGGAGGUAACUUUUUUUUGGGAUGUCUUCAAUUGGGUAAACAAAAAAUGUGACAACCAUAAAUUUGGGUAUGGACAUGGACAUGAACAUGGUGUUUUUGUGUUCCAAGUAGGUGAUGGUGGUGUUUGGCCUGAAAUGGGUGGUGCUGAGAAGAAAUUGAUGAGGAAAAGUUUGUCGGCAACAGCUGGGUCGAUGUCAGCACCACCGUCUGUUUCUUUUUUGUCGUCACCAUCGCCAUCGUGCUCUAGUGUGUUGCAGUGGGCAGAGGAGAACAGUGAACGUGGGAGAAGUUCAUGGUCAUCUAUAGGGUCAAGUGGGAGUAGUGAAGGAUUUUCUUUGUUAUUGUAUGCAUGGAGGAAGGAUUGAUGAUUAAUUUGAUUUUUUUUGGUUAAAAACUCACUCACAUUAUUUGUGAGUAUUAAAUUGUAAUAACAGACACCUGUAACUUUGUUAGUUCCUGAUUAUAUGAAAUAUAAUCACCUAGUAGCCCCUGGAAAAAGUUUUGAUUCCUCCCUAUUUUUGUUCCUGCAGUUGAAUUGGUUCUUACCUAGUCACUAGGAACAGUUUCUAUGGAACUACCACUGAAACAUUCAAGAACAAUGACCAUGGAAACGAAGAGCUAACUAGAUCCAAAGAGAGUGUAAGUGGAGCGAGACAGAAGUUAAGCAUUUAUACGUCCCAUGUGACAAAUGUGGUUGGAUGUGUGGAGGUUAGGAGAAAUCUAAGCUUGUUUCAGGAUAAAAUUCACACAGACAAAGCACGAUAGUCGAUAGCAAGAGUUUAUCACAGCAAUGAUAGCAUGGUUACACAAGGUAAGUAUCAAUUGAGGACGGAAGAAUUCCAGCAUCACGUAGGUGGAAAAGCUAUUGCAACUGCCUUUGAUGGGUCAUCGAGAUCUCAAUUUGGAGGCAAGAAUGGUGUG